AUGGCCGACGAGCCUGUGCGCCGAACUCCCAGCUGGUCCCAUAGCGGCACCAGGGCUCCAAAGCGAGAGCGGCCACGUAACGCCCGACCGUUGUCAGCACAGGUACUUUGCCUCAAGCGCAGGUGUCGCGCAGUUUCCCCCAACCUUGGAGCGCCGACACCAACUGCUUCUACAGCACCGCAACAGAGACUGGGAGAUGGCCGGGUAAACUUUGAAGGAAACUUGUCCUGA